CAAAUAUUAUGACGGCGGCGCCCAUGAUAGUUAUGAACGGCAAAAACAAAGAGCUAUACCAUCUUGAGAGAGAAAAAGUGAGAAUUGGAAAUUACUGAUUUCAACAUGUCAAUAAUAUGUUAACGUCUUCUUGAGUAGGUCUAUAAGGAUCUUUAAUCCCAGAUCAUAUUACAACAAUGGCGACGUCGCAGCUCAUUGUAGGUUUGGUGAAUAUUCUUUUCGUCAUCGUCAGCGGAAGUACAAAUACAGUUGUUCUGACAAGCGUCUGUGAUGCAAGUCUUCAGAAAAAGGACGCUAGCUUCAUUGUGACGUCAGCAACCUUCGAGAACAUCACCGGCCCUCAGGAUUGCACCGUGGUCGUCCAGGCUCUCAAGUCAAAUCAAAUGAUCGCUGCAGUCUUCGUUCCACCAUUCCUACUCGAAGACGAUGAAAAUAACCCAAGUAUACCAGACGGACAAGGUUGCAGAAGAUCCUCUCUGAUGAUAUGGGAUGGAGAUGACUAUGAGACGGACGAGCUGAUUGGUCGAUACUGCGGCACAGAGACUCCUGUAAGCUUCGACUCUACUGGUCAGUUCUUGACAGUCAGGCUCACUCUCAACGAAUCAGCCGCGGCCAACAUCACACUCCUCGUCACUUCAUUUGAUAAUGGUGCAUGUGAUGACGAUGUCACUGAGCUGAGAUGCAACAACGGACGAUGCGUGCCGCGCUCUGUCCGCUGUGAUUUCGCCAACAACUGUGGCGACAAUUCAGACCAAUUCGUCCAUGAACCAGCAUUCUGCUCUGAAUCUGACGAUUCAACCGACUCCGAAUCCUACCUAUGGCUCUGGGUCCUACUCGGCAUCAUUGGUGCCCUCUUGAUGGCGUUCAUCCUCUAUUGGUUGCUAUGGCGACCGGGCUACAUCAUCUGGAGACUCGGAUGUUGUCGGAACCUCUGGUAUGGGUGCUGCAAGGGCGCCAAUUCAAAAUGCUGCGUAAAGUCCCGCAGGUAUAACAAAGGAUCUCAAGGAAAUAAGAGUGGGCUAGGAGCGGGUCACCAAGACGGGAUGCAAUACCACGAUGCAGCCCACGAGAAUGACGACGACGAUGAUAAUGUAUCUAGAGGAUGUUUUUGCUGCCGGUGUUGUCGAUGUUGCUCCUCAAACGAUCGGAGGUCAAAUCGUCAUCCAAGUCAAGGAUCGAAUUCCAGCAUGACCCCACUCCAGCGACCUGGGCUCCGCAAAGAGGGGCUAAUGUUACCCCCUGACGCGGGGGAGAGACCAAGGCUUGAACGUGAGGGGGUAAUGUUACCACCCGGUGCGGGGGAAAGACCACGACUCCAACGUGAGGGUUUGUUGUUGCCCCCCGAUGCUAUCCGUCCAUCGUUAUACAAGGAAGAUUUGAUCGUACCCCAAUAUGGACCCAGGCCACAACUCAAUAAAGAUGGGGUUAUACUUCCCCCGUCAGAGGAACAAGGGAGGAUACAACCAAUGUCUUUUGGUAUCUACCACGAGGACACCAUUUUACCCCCACCAUCAACUCUUAUUACCCCUUCUCUCUUGGAGGACUGUCAAAAAGACUGGGAUGGUGGACAUGCUCGAGAGGCUCGAUGAGAAAAAAAGGAAGAUAAACUGAUUAAAUUGAAGAUUUAUACAAAUUUACAAGUACCAAUAAUAUAUCAAGGAGAUAUCUCCUUGAAUAUAUUCAGUACAUAUUUCCAUGUAU